AUGGACCUGUACAGAACUGGAUCUCCGUCCUGCGUGUGGCUUGUCCUUACAGCGGGGCUACUGCUCGGACUCCCCCAGCAGAGCAGCUCCUGCCCCAGCCGCUGCCUGUGUUUCCGGAGCACGGUGCGAUGCAUGCAUCUGAUGCUGGAGAGCAUACCCACUGUGUCCCCGCAGACCACCAUCCUAGAUCUGCGCUUUAACCGAAUCAAGGAUAUUCAGCCUGGUGCAUUUACGCAUCUGAAGAGUCUUAACACUCUGCUUCUAAACAACAACCAAAUCAAAAGGAUACCCAGUGGAGCAUUUCAAGAUUUAGAAAACCUGAAGUAUCUCUAUUUGUACAAGAAUGAAAUCCAAUCCAUUGACAGGCAAGCUUUUAAAGGACUUGCCUCUCUAGAACAACUGUAUCUUCAUUUUAACCACAUUGAGACAUUGGAACCAGAAUCUUUCCAUCAUCUUCCCAAGCUUGAAAGACUAUUUCUGCACAACAAUCGAAUCACUCACCUGGUACCCGGCACGUUUAGCCAGCUGGAGUCUAUGAAAAGGCUGCGCCUGGAUUCCAAUGCUCUUCACUGUGACUGUGAGAUCUUAUGGUUGGCUGAUCUUUUGAAGAUUUAUUCCGAAUCCGGUAAUGCUCAGGCUGCUGCUACUUGUGAGUACCCACGCAGGCUCCAGGGGAGAUCUCUGUCCACCAUUACACCAGCUGAGCUGAACUGUGAGCGGCCAAGGAUUACGUCAGAACCUCAAGAUGUAGAUGUCACCUUUGGGAAUACUGUGUACUUCACUUGUCGAGCUGAAGGAAACCCCAAGCCGGAGAUCAUCUGGCUCCGAAACAAGAAUGAACUGAGCAUGAAAGAGGACACCCGACUGAAUCUCCUAGAAGAUGGCACAUUGAUGAUCCAGAAUACCCAAGAGGCCGAUCAAGGAAUCUAUCAGUGUAUGGCAAAAAAUGUUGCCGGGGAGGUGAAGACUCCUGAGGUCACACUUCGAUAUUAUGGAACACCAACCAGGCCCAGUUUUGUGAUUCAACCCCAGAACACUGAAGUUCUGGUUGGUGAAAGCAUCACCCUGGAAUGUAGCGCAGCAGGCCAGCCACAGCCAAGGAUCACAUGGACCAGAGGAGACAGGACCCCACUGCCAAGUGACUCUCGUAUUAACAUCACACCCUCUGGAGGACUGUUUAUCCAGAAUGUGAACCAGGAAGAUGCUGGAGAGUACACAUGUUUUGCCACAAACACUGUAGACACAAUCCAUUCCACAGGUUACAUUAUAGUCCAAGCUGUUCCUCAGUUCACUGUUGUUCCCCAAGACCGGAAUGUGUUUGAAGGGCAUAGUGUGGAUUUCCAUUGUGAGGCUCAAGGAAAUCCACAGCCGGUAAUUGCUUGGACCAAAGGAGGAAAUCCCCUGUCUGUUGACAGAAGACAUCAGGUCUUACCUUCUGGGACAUUGAGAAUCCUUCGUGUGGCACUGCAUGACCAGGGCCAGUAUGAAUGUCAAGCUGUUAACAUUGUUGGGUCUAAGAGCUCCGCAGCACAACUGAUUGUACAAGCCAGAGUUACACCCAUUUUCGCUACUGUGCCGAAUGACAUGACGGCAGAAGUUGGCACCGAAGUUCAGAUUUCUUGUAGCUCCCAAGGGGACCCUCUGCCAGUAAUAACAUGGAAUAAGGAUGGCAUACAGAUAACCGAGAGUGGAAAGUUUCACAUCGAUCGUCAUGGGAUGACCAUUCGAGAUGCUGGUCCAGCAGACCAAGGUCGAUAUGAAUGUGUAGCCAGGAAUAACAUUGGAUAUUCUUCAGUUAGCAUGGUGCUGACUAUAACAGUACCUGAAGUCAGCCGUACUGGAGACCCCUUUGUUACUGCAUCAAUUAAUGAAGCUAUUGCAACCGUUGAUAGGGCCAUCAACUCAACAAGGUCCCAUUUGUUUGAGAGUCGCCCUCGUUCUCCGAAUGAUCUUCUGGCCCUAUUCAGAUAUCCACGUGAUCCCUACACAGUGGAACAAGCCAGGGCAGGGGAAAUAUUUGAACGGACUCUGCAGCUCAUACAAGAACAUGUUCAAAAUGGCUUGAUGGUUGACCUAAAUGGGACAAGCUAUCACUACAAUGAUCUGGUUUCUCCUCAUUAUCUUAACCUGAUUGCCAACCUCUCAGGUUGUAGAGCCCAUCGAAAGAUAAAUAAUUGCUCCAACAUGUGUUUUCACCAGAAAUACAGAACCCAUGAUGGCACCUGUAAUAACCUGCAGCACCCAAUGUGGGGAGCCUCCCUGACGGCCUUCGAGCGUCUGCUGAAAUCUGUAUAUGAGAAUGGUUUUAAUUUGCCAAGAGGCGUGUACAAUAGAUUAUAUAAUGGGUAUCCCCUUCCUUUACCUCGUACAGUUUCAACUACUUUGAUUGGAACUCAUACUAUAACUCCGGAUGAGCAGUAUACUCACAUGUUAAUGCAAUGGGGACAGUUCCUUGACCAUGACUUGGAUUCUACAGUAGUUGCCUUAAGCCAGGCUAGAUUUUCUGAUGGCCAGGAUUGCAGCGUGGUCUGCACAAAUGAUGCACCUUGCUUUCCUCUUACAAUUCCAGCAAAUGACCCACGAGUGAGGAAUGGCGCUCGUUGUAUGUUCUUUGUCCGUUCUAGUCCCGUUUGUGGAAGUGGAAUGACCUCAUUGUUAAUGAAUUCUGUCUAUCCCCGGGAACAGAUGAACCAGUUGACCUCUUACAUUGAUGCUUCCAAUGUAUAUGGUAGCUCAGACCAUGAAUCUCAAGAGAUCAGAGAUUCAGCAAGCCAUCGGGGACUCUUAAAACAAGGCAUUGUUCAAAGAUCUGGAAAACCGCUCCUUCCUUUUGCCACUGGGCCUCCCACUGAGUGCAUGAGGGAUGAAAAUGAAAGUCCCAUUCCAUGCUUUUUAGCUGGUGACUUUAGAGCCAACGAGCAGCUUGGUCUAACUAGUAUGCAUACACUGUGGUUUAGAGAACAUAAUAGAAUUGCUGCCGAAUUGUUGAGACUGAACCCACAUUGGGACGGUGAUACAAUUUACCAUGAAACUCGUAAAAUAGUGGGAGCUGAAAUGCAGCACAUAACAUAUUCUCAUUGGCUGCCAAAGAUUUUUGGAGACUUUGGCAUGAAAAUGCUUGGUGAAUACAAGGGAUAUAACCCAAAUAUCAAUGCCGGCAUUCUGAAUGAGUUUGCUACAGCUGCGUUUAGAUUUGGUCACACCCUGAUAAAUCCUAUUCUUUACAGACUAGAUGAAAAAUUUGAUCCAAUUCCUCAAGGACAUUUACCUCUACACAGGGCUUUCUUCUCUCCUUAUAGAAUUGUAAAUGAAGGGGGAAUAGAUCCUCUCCUCCGAGGUCUUUUUGGCGUUGCUGGGAAAAUGCGAGUUACCUCCCAGCUGUUAAAUACAGAGCUGACAGAGAAGCUUUUUUCAAUGGCACACACUGUAGCCUUGGACUUGGCAGCUAUCAACAUCCAGAGGGGACGGGACCAUGGAAUUCCACCUUACCAUGACUUCAGAGUUUACUGCAAUCUUUCCUCAGCACAUACCUUUGAAGAUCUAAGGAAUGAAAUCAAGAAUCCAGAUGUAAUUGAAAAAAUAAGAAGGUUAUAUGGCUCACCAUUAAAUAUUGAUCUCUUCCCUGCACUUAUGGUGGAGGACAUCAUUCCCGGAAGUCGGCUGGGACCAACACUCAUGUGUCUACUAACUACUCAGUUUAGAAACAUAAGAGAUGGAGACAGGUUGUGGCAUGAAAAUCCUGGUGUGUUCACCCCUGCGCAACUGACCCAGAUCAAGCAGACAUCUCUCGCAAGAAUUCUGUGUGACAAUGGGGACAACAUCACCAAUGUGCAGCCUGACGUGUUUAGAGUUGCUGAACUUCCUCAUGGCUAUGUUGACUGCAAAAAGAUCCCCAAAAUGGACCUAAGGAUGUGGCAGGACUGUUGUGAAGAUUGUAGGUCAAGAGGACAGUUUAGUUCCUUCUCAGGCCAAUUCAGAGGUAAACGCUCCCUGGAACACAGCUAUAAGGAGGAAAAAGCAGAGGAACCUCAUGUCACUGAAGAGGAGUCUAGCUUGCAAGAGAAUAUUGUGAACACAACUCAACACACCAAGCAACCGGCCAAUCUGCCACCAGUCAGUGACUUUAAAGAGUUUGUGCUUGAUUUGCAAAAGAUAAUAACAAGUCUAAGGAAACAGAUCAAGAACCUCGAAUCUCGCUUAAGCAACACAGACUGCACUGAUGAAACUGGAAAAUCAUAUGCCACUAAUGAAAGAUGGAAAAAAGAUCCGUGUACAAAAUGUGAAUGUAAAAAUGGCUCAAUGACAUGUUUUGUGGAAUCCUGCCCUCCCACUCUUUGCUUGGUGCCAGUAUUAAAGGAAGGAUACUGCUGUCCAGUCUGCACAGAUAACAGCCAGAACACAUAAUACCCCGGAUGCCAUGCAUCACAGCAGCUGAUGUCAGUAAAACCAGGGUCACAGCAAGACUUGCGUACACUCCCUACAGAUUCGCAAUUGCCACCUCCACAAUAUCAUAACAUGACUUGCUUUGGUUGUUAUUGUAUGUUUUCUUUUCUUAUUUACGUACACAAUCUCUUUUAAAGGGAAAUAUAUAAACUGAUGACAGGAUAUUGGACUAUAUGUCAGCCAUAUUUUAUUGGUUCAAAUGCUUCUCAGGUUAGGAAACUAAAGUGGUGCUAAACACAUAAAUAUUUUUAAAUACCAAAAUCAACAAAAACCCCUCAAAUUAAGAGAUUU